AUGUGUCGUGCACCACGGCCAUGUGUGUCGUGCACCACGGCCAUGUGUGUCGUGCACCACGGCCACGAGUCGUGCACCACGGCCAUGUGUCGUGCACCACGGUCAUGUGUCGUGCACCACGGCCAUGUGUCGUGCGCCACGGCCAUGUGUCGUGCACCACGGCCAUGUGUGUCGUGCACCACGGCCACGAGUCGUGCACUACGGUCAUGUGUCGUGCACCACGGCCAUGUGUGUCGUGCACCACGGCCAUGUGUGUCGUGCACCACGGCCACGAGUCGUGCACCACGGCCAUGUGUCGUGCACCACGGCCAUGUGUCGUGCACCACGGCCAUGUGUCGUGCACCAUGGUCAUGUGUCGUGCACCACGGCCAUGUGUCGUGCACCACGGCCAUGUGUGUCGUGCACCACGGCCACGAGUCGUGCACCACGGUCAUGUGUCGUGCACCACGGCCAUGUGUGUCGUGCACCACGGCCAUGUGUGUCGUGCACCACGGCAACGAGUCGUGCACCACGGCCAUGUGUCGUGCACCACGGCCACGAGUCGUGCACCACGGCCACGUGUCGUGCACCACGGCCAUGUGUCGUGCACCACGGCCAUGUGUCGUGCACCACGGUCAUGUGUCGUGCACCACGGUCAUGUGUCGUGCACCACGGUCAUGUGUCGUGCACCACGGCCAUGUGUCGUGCACCACGGCCAUGCGUCGUGCACCACGGCCACGUGUCGUGCACCACGGCCAUGUGUCGUGUACCACGGUCAUGUGUCGUGCACCACGGCCAUGUGUCGUGCACCACGGUCAUGUGUCGUGCACCACGGCCAUGUGUCGUGUACCACGGCCAUGUGUGUCGUGCACCACGGCCAUGUGUCGUGCACCACGGCCACGUGUCGUGCACCACGGCCAUGUGUGUCGUGCACCACGGCCAUGUGUCGUGCACCACGGCCAUGUGUCGUGCACCACGGUCAUGUGUCGUGCACCACGGCCAUGUGUCGUGCACCACGGUCAUGUGUCGUGCACCACGGCCAUGUGUCGUGCACCACGGCCAUGUGUCGUGCACCACGGCCACGUGUCGUGCACCACGGCCAUGUGUCGUGUACCACGGUCAUGUGUCGUGCACCACGGCCAUGUGUCGUGCACCACGGUCAUGAGUCGUGCACCACGGUCAUGUGUCGUGCACCACGGCCAUGUGUUUCCAGUCACUUUCUCCACUUUCUCCACUGUCCAGACAGUGACUUUCUCCACUGCCUUUCUCUAG